AUGUCAGGAUUAUUGGACUUGGGAGCAGAAUCUGGACUUUACAAUUUGGGAAGAGAUAGACAGGUGGGCAGUCGAACCCAGGGAGAGUGCCGGAACCCGCCUGGGAUUCGCUGGAGCAGUGCGAGGAGGCUUACAGGAGAAUGGAGUUGGAGAAACGAGCACGGUGGCGCGGUAGGAAGCCCGAGAUGCGGGUGCAUCGGCCAGGCUAGAGUGGGCAUCGAGCCAAGUGCCAUGAAGACGGAUCUAUGCAUCUGGUCUCCAGUGCGUCUCCUUGGGCCGGCGUACAUGGCACCAGCCUUACACAUGGUGUCCCCGAGCCCAGUACUCCCUGUUCCUCCUCCCCGCACUCGCCCUGAGGUGCGUGUCCUCGGUCCAGUACCACCAGCGCCGGCCCGACGCACCAGGCCUACAGUGCGCCUCGCCUGUCCAGCGCCGCUACAGCCUCCCUCCUAUCCAGCGCUGCUAGAGUCUCCCGCCUGUCCAGAGCUGCUAAAGUCUCCCGCCUGUCCAGCGCCGCUAGAGCCUCCCUCCUAUCCAGAGCUGCUAGAGUCUCCCGCCCUGUCCAGAGCUGCUAGAGUCUCCCGCCUGUCCAGAGCUGCUAGAGCUGCUAGAGUCUCCCGCCUGUCCAGAGCUGCUAGGAGUCUCCCGCCUGUCCAGGAGCUGCUAGAGUCUCCCGCCUGUCCAGAGCUGCUAGAGUCUCCCGCCUGUCCAGAGCUGCUAGAGUCUCCCGCCUGUCCAGUGCCGCUAGAGCCUCCCUCCUAUCCAGCGCCGCUAGAGUCUCCCACCUGUCCAGAGCUGCUAGAGUCUCCCACCUGUCCAGCGCCGCUAGAGUCUCCCGUGACAGAGCCCCAGGUGACAGAGCCCCAGGUGACAGAGCCCCAGGUGACCGGGCCCCAGGUGACAGAGCCCCAGGUGACAGAGCCCCAGGUGACAGAGCCCCAGGUGACCGGGCCCCAGGUGACCGGGCCCCAGGUGACCGGGCCCCAGGUGACAGAGCCCCAGGUGACAGAGCCCCAGGUGACAGAGCCCCAGGUGACUGAACCCCAGGUGACAGAGCCCCAGGUGACAGAGCCCCAGGUGACUGAACCCCAGGUGACUGAGCCCCAGGUGACCGAGCCCCAGGUGACCGGGCCCCAGGUGACAGAGCCCCAGGUGACAGAGCCCCAGGUGACUGAGCCCCAGGUGACCGAGCCCCAGGUGACCGAGCCCCAGGUGACAGAGCCCCAGGUGACUGAACCCCAGGUGACAGAGCCCCAGGUGACAGAGCCCCAGGUGACUGAACCCCAGGUGACUGAGCCCCAGGUGACCGAGCCCCAGGUGACAGAGCCCCAGGUGACUGAGCCCCAGGUGACAGAGCCCCAGGUGACAGAGCCCCAGGUGACAGAGCCCCAGGUGACCGGGCCCCAGGUGACCGGGCCCCAGGUGACCGGGCCCCAGGUGACAGAGCCCCAGGUGACAGAGCCCCAGGUGACAGAGCCCCAGGUGACUGAACCCCAGGUGACAGAGCCCCAGGUGACAGAGCCCCAGGUGACUGAACCCCAGGUGACUGAGCCCCAGGUGACCGAGCCCCAGGUGACCGGGCCCCAGGUGACAGAGCCCCAGGUGACAGAGCCCCAGGUGACUGAGCCCCAGGUGACCGAGCCCCAGGUGACCGAGCCCCAGGUGACAGAGCCCCAGGUGACUGAACCCCAGGUGACAGAGCCCCAGGUGACAGAGCCCCAGGUGACUGAACCCCAGGUGACUGAGCCCCAGGUGACCGAGCCCCAGGUGACCGGGCCCCAGGUGACAGAGCCCCAGGUGACAGAGCCCCAGGUGACUGAGCCCCAGGUGACUGAGCCCCAGGUGACCGAGCCCCAGGUGACCGAGCCCCAGGUGACAGAGCCCCAGGUGACAGAGCCCCAGGUGACAGAGCCCCAGGUGACCGAGCCCCAGGUGACCGGGCCCCAGGUGACAGAGCCCCAGGUGACAGAGCCCCAGGUGACAGAGCCCCAGGUGACCGAGCCCCAGGUGACCGGGCCCCAGGUGACCGAGCCCCAGGUGACCGGGCCCCAGGUGACAGAGCCCCAGGUGACCGAGCCCCAGGUGACCGAGCCCCAGGUGACCGAGCCCCAGGUGACCGAGCCCCAGGUGACAGAGCCCCAGGUGACUGAGCCCCAGGUGACAGAGCCCCAGUUUGCUGCAGAUAGCGACUGGAACGAGCUGCAACAAACACUCAAACUGGACGAUUUUAUCUCAAUCUCUUCAGUCAAAGACUCCAUCAUGGACACUCUUACUGACAGUUGA